CCAGCACGACAUCAGCAUAAACCAUAUGAAAUAAGUCGCACCGACAACCAAUGUAGCUUGUCUCACUUUACCGUGAGGCAGAAAAGCCCAUGAGAAACCUCAUAUGCUAUCCGGUCUACUCUGAUUUUCAUCCGUGCUUCUACAUAAAAAAUAAUCUGUGCUUCUAUUGUCGAAACUGUAGCGCGAUUAUGUAUUUACUCACGUAUUGUGCCACUACAGAAUGGAGUUAGGAUACUUUGAUUGCAGUGAUGACAAUAAAAGACUUUAAACCGCAAAAUCACAGGCAAAAUACUUACAUAAUUAAAGCAAAGGAUACUGCAUCAAUAGCUGCAAUUGCAAUCAUCAACGCAACAAAGUGUGGUAUACAUAUAUAGAUUAUAACCACAUGGUCCGACGUGUGUUUAUAUACAAUCGAGCGAUUCACGAUUUUAUAUUUUACAUUUUUUAAAUAAUAAUAUAGCAUAUUUUCCAGAAUGGAUGACAAAGAUCCAACCAGUGUGAUCAAAAUGAUUAAGGAUUUAAGAUCAGCUUCAGAGUCCUAUCGGAAAAGCAGUAGUGGUCUGCCAUUACGAAUGUCAGGAACUUCAUUCUUGUCCCUUGGUGACUACGAUGCUUGUACUAACUCACCGAAGAGACCUAAACUUGAUGAUUCUGUUAAUUCUGUUUCAAAUAAGAGUGAAACCGAAAAUGUUCCAAGCAGUCCUUGGGAAUGGAGACGGCUGAAAGGAGAGGUAUUAUCAUUAAAAACAAGACUUUCUCAUCAAGAAUCGGCCGUGCAGCAGCUGCACAAAAUACGUCGACAAAUGGAGGAGGUCUUUGAGAAAGAGAAAGGUAUUUUAGAGAUGCAGGUGGAGCAGGAAAAACAAACUGUCAGACAGCUAGAAGUACGGCUUGAUAUUGCACGCAGAACGAACCAGGAAUCACGCGACGCUCAGGCUGCCGCGGAAAAAGAACUAUUUCAGGUGAAAACAAGUUUGGAGCAAAAGAUGAUGGUGUUGAUGAACGAAAACGCAAAAUUAAAAGAUGAGUUUAAUCAGUCUUCAUCACAAGAGACUUCUUCGGUGUCGAAAGAUGUUAAUGAGAAUUCGGAUUCCCAAUAUAAAUUGGAAGCAGCUCAAACAAGAAUAUCCCAGUUAGAGGAGAAGUUGAAAGAAUACCAGACCAAGCAGCAGGAACUGGAAUUGCAGAACGUAGAGCUUCAAAGCAUGAAGAUUAAGAAUGAGAAGCUCGAGUCUGAGAAGGCGCUAUGGGAGGAAGGAAAGAUACUAACAGCGAGAGCAGCGAAAGCGAGCGAGUUGGAGAAAGAACUUAGCGUAGCCAAGGAGACCAUUGCCACACUAAGAGAAUCCGUUAGAGGAAAAUUGCUUUUAGAGGAACAAAUGGCAAGCGUGAUGAAAAGACUAGAUCAUACUGAGAAAGUAGAGCAGCAAGUAGCAAUGUUAGAAGCUAAGAAAAGUGAACUGUCUUUGCGCCUGUCCGAAUACGAAUCGAUUGGAAUCACUGGUGGGCCGUCUGCGUUAAAACGUGAAUUAAAUCGUUUGCAACAAGCCGAAUUGGUUUUAAAAUCGGAAGAAGGUCAGCUGAAGUCGCGAUUGGACGCCGCUUUACGGGAAAAUCACAGUCUACAGAAGAUUUACGAGGAAUCCAAGAAAUUGGCCACGGACGUAACGGCUUCGAAAGAGAGAUUGAAUAAACUCGUGAGUAGACUGCAGAAGAAGAUGAUCCUUGUCACAAGGGAACGCGAUAGUUACAGACAGCAACUGGAUUUGUAUGAAAAGGAGAUCACUGUGGAUAGUAACAGCGCGAUAACCGAGCGAAUACCCGCUCUGGAACGCACCAUUGACGCUUAUAGGGAACUAGUUGCCAAAUUGGAGUCUGAUCUCCUGGCAGUGGAAGGCCACAACCAACUGGACGAGUGUAAUAAAUUGCAGAAGGAGAUUGACCGAUUGAAAGGUGAACUGGAACAUCGUGCAUUGAAAGGUGACUUCAACUGUAACGCUAGGGUGUUGCAUUUCGCAAUGAAUCCGGCCGCCAUUGCUGAAAAGCAGGCGGAAGAGAAGCAGAUGGCGUUGAUACGAGAAGUCGAAGAGCUAAGGGCCAAAGUUGCCCUAGGUGGAACCUCGGCAAUAGCGCCAACGUCUUCUCUCCAAACGCAAGAAAUAGCGGAACUUAAACAGACCCACGAGAUUAAGAUAGCUCGGCUCAAGGAGGCUUUUAAGGCUUCAUCUCAAGAGUACCGGCAAGCCUGCUACCAACUGUUCGGCUGGCGAGUAGACAGGACGAAGGAGGGUCGUUACAAAUUGUCUAGUCAGUACGCAGAGUCCUCCGAAGAUUUUCUCUUCUUCCACAUUGGCGAAGAUGGCGUCGAUCUUUUAGAAACAGCGUUCUCUGCGACCUUGGGGACUUUGGUCGAGCAGCACUUGCAACGACAACACAGCGUCCCCAUGUUCCUCAACGCUGUGCAAUCGGACUUAUUCAAUCAGCAAACCAUGACAAAUGUGAUGAGCUAAUCUGGAACACAAUCAGAAACACAUUCUCAUUCCUGUAUCCUUGGAAGAGAAAACUUAGAGCGCAACAUAACGCCAUGAUAGCUGCUCUGUUUUCUAUGUGAUCGAAAGAAAAGUAAUACCGUUUUUUAUUAUUCAAAUUCAUCAAUGAGAGAUUCAUCGGUUUUGUGCACGGACAUUCAGUGAUCGCGUGUUCUAGAUAUAAAAAAGCCAUCGACGUAAUGAACUCAAGUUACUCCUUAGUAUGUAUUUUCUUCUUGUCUUUGGUAAUCAAUAAACUGCCAUAUUGUCUCUCAUUUAA